AAUAAAAAAACACGUUCCACAUGGUUUAAAGUAAAAAAAAAAAAACCCAUUUCCCAUCCGAGUCUGAAUCUAAACAGUAGCCAGUAAAAUCAAAGGAAAGGGGAAAAGCUAGAAGGCCUUCCCCACAUGGAUUCCCGCAGCGUCCUCCUUUCAAUCUUCUUCAUUCUCUUUAUAACAACAUUAACCUCUCACGCUUCAGCCCAAUCAAUCAUAAAACUCCCAACUCACAAAACCCAAAUUACCGCUGACCGCAAAAUCCGGGUGGACGACGGAUUGUAUUGCGACAGCUGGAGAUUCUCCGUGGAGACAAACGAUGCAGGAAUUUGGGCGUACGUUCCCUCCAGAUGCGCAAAAUAUGUCCAAGAUUAUAUGACUGGCGAGCGUUAUUUGUCCGACUCUGAGGUCGUUUCUGCUUACGCUCUCAACUAUGCUAAGAAUCUCAGUGUGCGGGGCGACGGAAAAGACGCUUGGGUUUUCGAUAUCGAUGAGACCUUGCUCUCCAACUUGCCUUACUAUGAGGCCAGUGGAUUCGGAUCAAAACCUUUUAAUGAAGAAUCUUUUGAUGAGUGGGUGGAUCUGGCUGAGGCUCCUGCCUUACCAGCAAGUUUGAGUUUUUACAAGGAGCUCAAACAACUGGGAUUUACAAUAUUUCUGAUAACUGGGAGGAGUGAAAAUCAAAGAAAUGUGACCGAAAAAAAUCUUCUAUAUGCUGAAUACAGUGAUUGGAAAAGGCUUUACUUGAGAGGAUUCUCAGAUCAAGGCAAACCAGCAGAUCUUUAUAAAUCUGAGAAGAGAUCAGAGUUGGUGAAGGAAGGUUACAACAUUCAUGGGAGCUCCGGAGAUCAGUGGAGCGACUUAGUGGGUUUUGCUGUGGCUGAAAGGUCCUUCAAACUCCCAAAUCCAAUGUAUUACAUUCCUUAAAUAAAAUAUAACCUGAAGGUAUUGUUCAUACAAUCCUAUUGUAAUGUUAUUUUGCUCUAUGCAAUUGGAUGAACAUGUUUGAUUGCUUCAUAAUAAUAAGAUAUCACUGAUAUAAGAGACCA